CAUGCGUUUCUUUUGUCCGCGAGUGGAUCCCGCGAGAAGAGCUGGCGUCAGGCGGGGCGGGGCCGCGUGGUUCUCUUUUCUUUCUGUGCCGUUAAUUGUGGCCUCGUGCGCCUUCCUUCGGGAGGAUCGACCGCCGUCAUGUCGGCCAUGGGGACGUUAGCGUUUGACGAAUACGGGCGGCCGUUCCUCAUCCUCAAGGACCAGGACCGGAAGACCCGCUCUACGGGCUUGGAGGCCCUCAAGUCCAAUAUAAUGGCAGCCAAGGCAGUAGCCAAUACACUUAGAACAUCACUUGGCCCCAAUGGUCUUGAUAAGAUGAUGGUUGACAAAGAUGGUGAAGUAACAGUAACAAAUGAUGGAGCUACUAUUUUGAAUAUGAUGGAUGUUGAUCAUCAGAUUGCUAAACUUAUGGUUGAAUUGGCAAAAUCACAAGAUGAUGAGAUUGGGGAUGGAACCACAGGUGUCGUUGUUCUGGCAGGUGCGCUAUUGGAACAGGCAGAGCACUUGCUAGAUCGUGGUAUUCAUCCAAUCCGAAUUGCAGACGGUUAUGAACAAGCUGCUCGUAUUGCUAUUGACCAUUUAGAUAAGAUUAGCGACAGUUUUCCUGUUGAUCUUGAGAACACCGAGCCUCUUAUUCAGACAGCAAAAACAACUUUAGGCUCAAAAAUAAUUAAUCGUUGCCAUAGACAAAUGGCAGAAAUAGCUGUUAAUGCAGUAUUAACAGUGGCAGAUAUGGAACGCAGAGAUGUUGAUUUUGAGCUGAUAAAGGUCCAAGGCAAAGUUGGUGGAAGAUUGGAGGACACUCAGCUGAUUAAGGGUGUUAUUGUGGAUAAAGACUUCAGCCACCCACAGAUGCCUAAAGAAGUUAAAGAUGCUAAAAUUGCAAUAUUGACCUGUCCAUUUGAACCUCCUAAACCAAAAACUAAGCAUAAGCUCGAUGUUACAUGUGUGGAAGACUUCAAGGCAUUGCAGCAGUAUGAGAAAGAAAAAUUUGAUGAGAUGGUGAAACAGAUCAAAGAUACUGGAGCAAACUUGGCUAUAUGCCAGUGGGGAUUUGAUGAUGAGGCCAAUCAUUUAUUACUCCAGAAUGAAUUGCCUGCUGUUCGUUGGGUUGGUGGCCCAGAAAUAGAAUUGAUUGCCAUUGCAACUGGAGGACGCAUUGUUCCUCGCUUCUGUGAGCUUACACCUGAAAAAUUAGGAUUUGCUGGCAUAGUCAGAGAAAUCUCAUUUGGAACAACAAAAGACAAAAUGCUUGUGAUUGAACAAUGCCAAAAUUCCAGAGCAGUGACUAUCUUUAUUAGAGGUGGAAAUAAAAUGAUAAUUGAAGAAGCCAAACGGUCUCUUCAUGAUGCAUUGUGUGUAAUCAGGAAUCUUGUUCGAGAUAACCGCAUUGUUUAUGGUGGAGGUGCUUCUGAGAUCUCUUGUGCACUGGCUGUUAGUCAAGCUGCAGAUACGUGCCCGUCACUGGAGCAGUAUGCCAUGAGAGCUUUUGCUGAUGCCUUAGAAGUCAUUCCAUUUGCACUUUCUGAGAAUAGUGGUAUGAAUCCCAUUCAAACAAUGACUGCAGUACGAGCUCGACAAGUGAAAGAAAACAACUCUGCUCUGGGUAUUGAUUGCUUACGUAAAGGAACAAAUGAUAUGAAGGAACAAAAUGUUAUAGAAACUUUAAUUGGCAAAAAGCAGCAGAUUUCUCUUGCCACUCAGAUGGUUAGAAUGAUUCUGAAGAUAGAUGAUAUUCGCAAGCCUGGUGAAACUGAAGAAUGAACAUGUAAAAGCUGAAACGUUAUAAAUUUAGUAGUCAUGUCAACAGAUCUCCUCCUCUCCCCAUAGGCUGACUUUGUUUGAUGUUACUAGAUCAAUAAAUUACUAAUGAGACUUCAACACUUCAGAAGUAUCAUUGAGCAUUUUUUUAAGUUAUGCUGUAUUUAACCUUUCAUUAUAUGGAGUUUCUGUGGAAAUGAAUAAACCACACUUAUUCAUUA